AUGGCAUCAAGUGAUGUUCAAUCAGAUGAAAAUCUUUAUCCAAUUGCUGUUCUAAUUGACGAACUUCGUAACGAGGAUGUUCAAUUACGCUUAAAUAGUAUCAAAAAGUUAUCCACUAUUGCAUUAGCGCUCGGCGUCGAAAGAACACGAUCUGAGCUCAUUCCAUUUCUUACUGACACAAUCUAUGAUGAAGAUGAAGUUCUUCUAGCACUUGCUGAACAAUUAGGAACAUUCACACAACUCGUCGGCGGAGAUAGUUAUGUUCAUGUUUUAUUGCCACCAUUGGAAAGUUUAGCUCAAGUUGAAGAAACGAUUGUACGCGAUAAAGCUGUUGAAUCACUUCGAACUCUAGCACCACAACAUUCAACAACCGAUUUAGAAACGUUUUUUGUACCCACUGUCAAACGGUUAGCACAAGGUGAUUGGUUUACAUCACGUACAUCAGCGUCAGGUCUCAUAUCCGUCUGUUAUGCACGUGUUUCCAAUCAUGUCAAAGGUGAAUUACGACAAUUAUUUAAAAACCUUUGUCAAGAUGACACACCCAUGGUACGUCGUGCAGCCGCAUCGAAAUUAGGUGAAUUUGCUAAAGUUGUCGAACCAGAACACCUACGUCAAGAGCUUGUUCCAUUAUUCAAUAAUUUGGCUAAUGAUGAACAAGACAGCGUCCGCCUUUUGGCUAUCGAAGCAGGUAUUGCUAUGGCUGGUCUAUUUCGACAUGAGGAUCUUGAACAGCAAAUGAUGCAAACAUUACGUGCAGCUACUGAAGACAAGUCAUGGCGUGUGCGAUAUGUCGUUGCGGAUAAGCUUGUUGAACUUCAAAAAGCUGUUGGUCAGGAAAUAACCAAGAAUGAUUUAGUCACAGCUUACUGUUCGUUAUUAAAAGAUCCCGAAGCGGAAGUUCGUGCAGCAGCAGCAUCGAAAUUAAAAGAUUUCUCAAAUAAUUUACCAACGGACACACGCGAACAAAUAAUUAUGUCGCAAAUUUUGCCAUGUGUUAAAGACUUAGUUGGUGAUAUGAAUCAGCAUGUUAAAUCGGCACUAGCUUCAGUAAUUAUGGGUCUUGCACCAAUCCUCGGCAAGGAUAACACAUUGGAACAUCUGUUACCAUUGUUCCUCAACCAACUGAAAGACGAUUUUCCUGAAGUUCGGCUUAAUAUCAUUUCGAAUCUUGAUUGUAUCAACGAGGUUAUUGGUGUUCGUCAAUUGUCUCAAAGUCUACUACCAGCGAUUGUCGAAUUAGCUAGUGACGCUAAAUGGCGUGUUCGUCUUGGUAUUAUCGAAUACAUGCCAUUAUUAGCUGGUCAACUUGGUUCAGAAUUCUUCGAUGAAAAACUGAGCAGUCUUUGUAUGAGUUGGCUCACUGAUCACGUCUUCGCUAUUCGCGAAGCGGCAACGAACAACCUCAAGAAACUAGUUGAAAAGUUCGGUCGUGACUGGGCACAAAAUACAGUUAUACCAAAAGUUAUCCAGUUAGCACGAGAUCAAAAUUAUUUGUACCGAAUGACAUGCUUAUUUGCUAUCAAUGUCUUAGCGGAGCCAUGUGGACAAGAUGUAACUCAACGAAUGAUGUUACCAACAGUUAUCACUCUCGGAAGCGACGCUGUUGCCAAUGUUCGAUUCAAUGUAGCCAAGACUUUACAACGCAUUUAUCCAGCUAUCGAUCAAAAUACCUUGGCGUCACAUGUCAAGCCAUGUUUAGAAAAACUAUGUCAAGAUUCUGAUCAUGAUGUUCAGUAUUUUGCAAAUGAAGCUUUAGGAAAAAUACUAGAAACACAUCUUUCUCUUAAUAACCAUGAUAAAGAAGAUCCUACUCGAACACUGAUGUCUUCAAAUUCCGUUGCUUUAGAAGAACUAGCUGAAUUUCUCGAUCCACAAGGACGUCUGGAUCUCAAAUCUUUAGCUCUUCAAACAUUGAUUUCGUUAACUGCAUCUAAAGAAGGUCGCCAUUUGAUCUUAGCUUCGCCAAAUACAGACUCGAACACAUCUCUACUAUCACGCGUAUGUCGUUUGAUAUUCGAAGAUGUGCAAGAGUCCGUUCGUUUCGACGCACUUCUGUUUUUGAUUAAUUUAACCAGUGAUAGUGAACUGUCGAUAUUGAAUUGUAAACAAACAUCGAUUCUCAGUGAUUUCUGGUUGAAACUAUUGAAACGUUGUGUUCAAGAUCGUCAAUACGAACAUGCUGAUGCCGGAUGCAAAUUGCUAUCGAAUAUCACAUCUCGUGCAAUUACUGUUGACCAAUUGAAUGAUUUUACCGAAUACCUUGAUAAAAGUUAUCCAUCUUGGUUUGAUGAUUUGAUUCAAGCGUUUUCGACAAUUGAUUAUAAUCUUAAGAAGAAUAAUCUUGAUUAUUUAUCGGCAAUGUUAGUCAAUCUAACUCAGUUGAAAAUUAUUCGCGAACGUUUAAGAAAUCAAGAACAUUUAAAACGUUUGUUAUGCUUUACUGAUAAUACUCAUUCAACCAUUCGACGCGGAAGUGUGGCUUGCAUACUGAAAAACUGCUGUUUUGAUCAUGAAAGUCAUGAGCAAUUAGUUCAUCAAAUAGGUAACAAUGAUGAUUUUAUUUGUGCGUUACUUUUACCACUGUCUGUUGCCACGGCUGACGAAUUAACUGAAGAAGAAAAUGACCAAGUGCCAAUCGAUUUACAGUAUCUACCUAGCAAUAAACAAAUUGAACCAGAUCGAGAUAUUCAACUGAUUCUUCUUGAAACAGUUCUUCUCCUGUGUGCAACAAAAUCUGUUCGAGAAUAUCUUCGUUCGAAACAGAUCUAUUACAUCUUGCGACAAUACCAUCGGCAGCCAAAUCUAGAUUUUGCAUGUAAUCGAACAUGUGAACGAAUUAUUCAAAUCUUAAUCGGAGAUGAAGAUUAUAACGUGGAAACGGAUAAUCUCAUGGAGUUAAAUAUACCACACGAUUUACGAGAGAAAUUUCAUGAAAUCGAUCGAAAAGAAGAAGAAGCAAAUAAGACCGAAGAAUGA